UCAAGGUAGUUUCACCAUCCACCACGUCAAGGAGGAAUUCGGAAAGCUUGCUGCUUUCUUUCACCGGGAAAAAUCCCACUCUUCACUCCGAAGUAGUCCUCGAAAUUCUCUUGCAUAUAAAUCUCCUCGGAACCUCUCAGUCCUCCAUUCCUUUCCGUUAUCUCGAUUGUCUUCUGCAAAGAUGAUGCUCAGAAUCCGCAGCCGGGACGGCCUUGAGCGCGUAUCCGUCGACGACCCCCAUAUUACGGUGGCUCAACUCCAAUCCCUCAUCCAAAACCAGCUCCGGAUCCCUACUCACAACCAGACCCUCUCCACCAACCAAAACCUCUUAUUGGCCAAAACCCCAAGCGAUCUCCUCCGAUUCACCGACAUGUCCAAUCCCAACACCAAACUCUCCUCCCUUAAUCUUUCUCACGGUUCUAUCGUCUUCCUUGCGUACGAGGGCGAGCGUACCAUUGCGGGCCCCACUGUCCAACCUGCGGGUUCCUUUGGCAGGAAGAUGACCAUGGAUGAUCUCAUCGCCAAGCAGAUGCGGGUUACCAGACAGGAAACCUCACACUGCGAAUCGGUCUCCUUCGAUCGUGACUGUGCCAAUGCGUUUCAACACUAUGUGAACGAGACACUUGCUUUUGCUGUCAAGAGAGGUGGGUUUAUGUACGGUACAGUGGCGGAUGAUGGCAAAGUGGAGGUGAAUUUCAUCUAUGAGCCGCCGCAGCAAGGUACUGAGGAGAACUUGAUGCUUUUCAUAGACCCUCAGGAGGAGAGAAUUGUGGAUGCGAUCGCUAUGGGGCUUGGGAUGCGUAGAGUGGGGUUUAUAUUCACGCAAACAAUCAUGCAGGAUAAGAAGGAUUAUACGCUGUCGAAUAGGGAGGUUUUGCAGGCAGUGGAGCUUCACGCAGAGAGCGGAUUGAAGGAGUGGGUAACUGCCGUGGUGAAGCUAGAGGUGAAUGAAGAUGGGGUUGCUGAUGUGCAUUUUGAGGCGUUUCAGAUGAGCGAUAUGUGUAUUAGGUUGUUUAAGGAAGGGUGGUUUGAGAAAGAGAUAGGGGAAGAUGUUGAUCCUAAACUCUCCAAGAUGAAGAAGGAUGUGGUUGUUGGAGGGAAGGAUGUUAAGGAGGUCGACAAUGAUUUCUUCUUGGUUGUGGUGAAGAUUCUUGAUCACCAGGGACCUCUUUCAUCAACCUUUCCCAUUGAGAACCGAAUCAACCAAGUGACGAUGAGGGCACUGAAGAAUCAUCUGGACCGGGCAAAGAGUCUUCCGUUUGUGAAGAGAAUUUCUGAUUUCCAUUUACUAUUUUUCCUGGCGAAGUCUUUGGACCUCGGUAAUGACAUUGCUGGAUUGGCAGUGUGUGUGCAGACACAAACAGCCAUACCAGAAGGUUAUCAGCUCAUCAUUGAGUCGGUGGCUAACGCUUCUUGAUUUCUUUUAAUGCUCAUUUGUCGAGCAAUACAUCACGUCCCUUACAGUGUCCUCAAAAAUCACGAGUAAGUGUUUGCUUGUUCGACCUGGAGCAAUCUCUCCUGGUAUGAAGUACAUUUCAUGGCCCAUUGUGGACUUUGUGCCCUAGCUGAUUAUGCUAAAAAAGAGGAGAAAUUAACUGGCAGUUUCACCAUGUACCUUAUAAUUCAAGCUUAUAUUAGCUGUACUUUUAUGUUCUGCUGAAACAGGGCAUGUCUAUACACUAGAGCGAGUUUGAUUC